GACGCCGGAACUCUCCACAGGUAGCGAGGCUACAGGAGCUCACCCGUGGAUUGGAGCCCACUGAGGCAAGGCCCAAGGACCCCAUGCUACACAUUAGCCACCCGGCUCCACGUCCCAGUUUCCUGUUGGGGAGACGCACCUAGAAGGCAGGGGUCUGGAGAGGUAGCGCCAGCCUUUUGCCCCAGUCGCAAGCUCACUCGGGGUGCUCUCUCUGCAGUCACAGGUGCCGUGAUUUCCCAGUUGCCAGCCCCACCCACCCCCAACUCCUCCAGUGCCCUUUGGGGGAAAUGCCAGGCCAGGAAGGGCGGGCAUCCCCGCGCAUCCUGGGGACAGAAGGGCGGACACCGGGUUCGGGAGCCCCGAGGCCCCUGCGCCGCGCACCGCCCCCCGCGCCCGCUCCCUCCUCCCUCCCUCCUCCUCCCCCGGCUCUCUUCCCCCACCCCCCUCCCUCCCUCCGCGCUCAGAGCUGCGGCUGGAGUCGAGCGCGCAGCGUCGCCCGCCGCUAGUGCAGAGCGUGGGGAGCACUCCGCCGCAGCCCUCGCCCGCCAAGGAGGGUUGCGUCCCGCGCCGCCGGCCAGGCAGCCCGGUGCCCGGGCCUUUCCGUCCUUGGAGCGGAUCGUUGCCCGCCGGGCGCCCGCCCGCAGCGACAGCGCCCGCCGGAGCGGAGGCCGCGGCAGCGGCUGUGCCCAUGCCCGGGUGUCCACGCUUAGCAGCUUUCCCACCACUGCCAAACCUUGCCCAGGCACUGGGACCGUGGGUGGCCGCCUGGCCCUAGCUGCGGCUGAGCCGAGCUUGCACCUGUGAGGAGGCCUGACAGGCAGCAUGGGUGACAUGGCCAAUAGUUCCAUCGAGUUCCACCCCAAGCCCCAGCAGCAGCGGGAGGCCCCCCACGCUGGAGGCUUUGGGUGCACGCUGGCAGAGCUGCGCACCCUCAUGGAGCUGAGAGGGGCCGAGGCACUGCAGAAGAUCGAGGAGACCUACGGGGACGUCAGCGGGCUCUGCCGGAGGCUGAAGACCUCGCCCACAGUGGGCCUGGCGGACAACACCAAUGACCUGGAGAAGCGCAGGCAGAUCUACGGGCAGAACUUCAUCCCGCCCAAGCAGCCCAAGACUUUCCUGCAGCUGGUAUGGGAGGCCCUGCAGGACGUCACCCUCAUCAUCCUGGAGGUGGCUGCCAUCGUCUCCCUGGGCCUCUCAUUCUACGCACCGCCAGGAGAGGAGAGUGAAGCUUGCGGGAAUGUGUCAGGAGGCACAGAAGAUGAGGGCGAGGCAGAGGCUGGCUGGAUCGAGGGGGCUGCCAUCCUGCUGUCCGUCAUCUGUGUGGUGCUGGUGACGGCCUUCAAUGACUGGAGCAAGGAGAAGCAGUUCCGAGGCCUGCAGAGCCGGAUUGAGCAGGAGCAGAAGUUCACGGUCAUCCGGAAUGGGCAGCUCCUCCAGGUCCCCGUGGCUGCGCUGGUGGUGGGGGACAUUGCCCAGGUCAAGUACGGAGACCUGCUGCCAGCCGAUGGCGUGCUCAUCCAGGCCAACGACCUCAAGAUCGACGAGAGCUCCCUGACAGGCGAGUCUGACCACGUGCGCAAGUCAGCUGACAAAGACCCCAUGCUGCUCUCAGGCACUCAUGUCAUGGAAGGUUCUGGAAGAAUGGUGGUGACUGCUGUUGGCGUGAACUCCCAGACAGGCAUCAUCUUCACACUGCUUGGAGCUGGCGGAGAGGAAGAAGAGAAGAAGGAUAAGAAAGGCAAGCAGCAGGAUGGGGCCAUGGAGAGUAGCCAGACCAAAGGCUCUAACCUUGGCGAUGGGGUUCCUCUGUGUGCAGCUAAGAGGCAGGAUGGGGCAGUGGCCAUGGAAAUGCAACCCCUGAAGAGUGCGGAGGGUGGGGAAAUGGAGGAUCGGGAGAAGAAGAGAGCCCGCGCACCCAAGAAAGAGAAGUCUGUUCUUCAGGGGAAGCUCACGAAGCUAGCCGUGCAGAUCGGGAAAGCAGGGCUGGUGAUGUCUGCCAUCACUGUGAUCAUCCUGGUCCUCUACUUUGUGAUCGAGACGUUUGUUGUGGAGGGCCGGACGUGGCUGGCGGAGUGCACGCCGGUCUAUGUGCAGUACUUUGUGAAGUUCUUCAUCAUCGGUGUCACUGUGCUGGUCGUGGCUGUCCCAGAGGGCCUGCCUCUUGCUGUCACCAUCUCCUUAGCUUACUCUGUCAAGAAAAUGAUGAAAGACAACAACCUGGUGCGCCACCUGGAUGCCUGUGAGACCAUGGGUAAUGCCACAGCCAUCUGUUCUGACAAGACGGGCACGCUCACCACCAACCGCAUGACCGUGGUCCAGUCCUAUCUAGGGGACACCCACUACAAAGAGAUUCCGGCCCCCAGCGCCCUGACCCCUAAGAUCCUUGACCUCUUGGUCCAUGCCAUCUCCAUCAACAGUGCCUAUACCACCAAAAUACUACCUCCUGAGAAGGAAGGCGCCCUCCCACGCCAGGUGGGCAACAAGACAGAGUGCGCCCUACUGGGCUUUGUCCUGGACCUGAAGCGGGACUUCCAGCCCGUGCGGGAGCAGAUCCCGGAAGACAAACUUUACAAAGUGUACACCUUCAACUCAGUCCGCAAGUCCAUGAGCACAGUCAUCCGCAUGCCUGACGGUGGCUUCCGCCUCUUCAGCAAGGGGGCCUCGGAGAUCCUGCUGAAAAAGUGCACCAACAUCUUAAACAGCAAUGGUGAACUCCGCAGCUUUCGGCCUCGGGACCGAGACGACAUAGUGAGGAAGAUCAUCGAGCCGAUGGCUUGUGACGGUCUCCGCACCAUCUGCAUCGCGUACCGGGACUUCCCUGAAGGCCAGGAACCUGACUGGGACAAUGAGAACGAGGUUGUGAGUGACCUCACCUGCAUAGCUGUCGUGGGCAUUGAGGACCCUGUGCGGCCCGAGGUCCCUGAAGCUAUCCGAAAAUGCCAGCGUGCUGGUAUCACAGUUCGCAUGGUGACUGGGGACAACAUCAACACGGCCCGGGCCAUUGCGGCCAAAUGUGGCAUCAUCCAGCCCGGGGAGGACUUCCUGUGCCUGGAAGGGAAAGAAUUCAACCGGCGGAUCCGCAACGAGAAAGGCGAGAUAGAACAGGAGCGGCUGGACAAGGUGUGGCCCAAGCUGAGGGUGCUGGCCCGGUCAUCUCCCACCGACAAACACACUCUGGUCAAAGGGAUUAUCGACAGCACCAGUGGCGAGCAGCGGCAGGUGGUGGCUGUGACUGGGGAUGGCACCAACGAUGGGCCGGCCCUCAAGAAGGCGGACGUGGGCUUUGCCAUGGGCAUCGCGGGGACCGAUGUGGCCAAGGAGGCGUCCGACAUCAUCCUGACAGAUGACAACUUCACCAGCAUCGUCAAGGCCGUCAUGUGGGGCCGCAACGUCUACGACAGCAUCUCCAAGUUCCUGCAGUUCCAACUGACAGUCAACGUGGUGGCCGUGAUCGUGGCCUUCACAGGUGCAUGCAUUACUCAGGACUCUCCUCUCAAAGCCGUGCAGAUGUUGUGGGUGAACUUGAUCAUGGAUACCUUUGCCUCUCUGGCCCUGGCGACGGAGCCUCCCACAGAGUCACUGCUGCUGCGAAAGCCAUAUGGCCGAGACAAGCCCCUCAUCUCCCGCACCAUGAUGAAGAAUAUCCUGGGCCACGCUGUGUACCAGCUCGCCAUCAUCUUCACCCUGCUCUUUGUCGGAGAGCUCUUCUUCGACAUCGACAGCGGAAGGAACGCGCCCCUGCACUCACCCCCCUCAGAGCACUAUACCAUCAUCUUCAACACCUUCGUCAUGAUGCAGCUGUUCAAUGAGAUCAACGCCCGCAAGAUCCACGGCGAGAGGAACGUCUUCGAUGGCAUCUUCAGCAACCCCAUCUUCUGCACCAUCGUCCUGGGCACUUUCGGGAUCCAGAUUGUUAUCGUCCAGUUCGGCGGGAAGCCCUUCAGCUGCUCCCCGCUGUCCACGGAACAGUGGCUCUGGUGCCUGUUUGUUGGUGUUGGGGAGCUGGUCUGGGGACAGGUCAUUGCCACCAUCCCCACCAGCCAGCUCAAGUGCCUGAAGGAAGCUGGGCAUGGACCGGGGAAGGAUGAGAUGACAGACGAGGAGCUAGCCGAAGGCGAGGAAGAGAUUGACCACGCCGAGCGGGAGCUCCGCAGGGGCCAGAUCCUCUGGUUCCGGGGCCUGAACCGGAUUCAGACCCAGAUGGAGGUAGUGAGUACCUUCAAGAGAAGCGCUUCAUUGCAGGGUGCUGUGCGCCGGCGGUCCUCGGUCCUCAGCCAGCUCCAUGACGUAACCAAUCUUUCUACCCCUACUCACGUAAUUCUCUCUGCUGCCAAUCCCGCCAGUGCUGCUGGGAAUCCGGGUGGUGAAAGCAUUCCGUAGCUCACUCUACGAAGGCCUGGAGAAACCAGAAUCCAAGACCUCCAUUCACAACUUCAUGGCCACGCCUGAGUUUCUGAUCAACGACUAUACCCACAACAUCCCGCUCAUCGAUGACACGGAUGUGGAUGAGAACGAGGAGCGCCUCCGGGCCCCCCCGCCCCCGUCCCCCAACCAGAACAACAACGCCAUAGACAGUGGCAUCUAUCUGACCACGCAUGUCACCAAGUCAGCUACCUCUUCAGUGUCUCCCUCCAGUCCCAGGAGCUCGCUCCACAGCGUGGAGACGGCCCUCUAAUGAGAACUUGUCUCAGCACAUGCACACAUGCACACUCGGACUCACACGCAGUCACACGCACACACGCACGCACACACAGAUAGCGACCGGCACACCUGCAAAACGGGGGAACAAUGAAGGUGGCUGAAGAGCCUUCUGGCAGGGCAUUUGCUAGAAGCCAAAUCCAGUCAACAAGGGUGCAGCCUGCCACAGCCUCCUCAUCGGGACAGAGGAAGAGGAGGACAGGGAGGAGGAAAAGGAGGAAGAGGAAGACAAGAAGGGGAGGAGAAGAUUCUUCAUCCAAAGGAGGAAGGAGAAGUAGAGGGUGCAAAGAGCUGAAUUCCCUUUUUCUAUUGAUGCUUCUUUUUUAACGAACUACAGUUCCACCGCGUGCGUUGGAUAAAAGUUGAGUGCUCUGCAGGGCUGUGAAGGGUGCCACCCGAGGGCGCCACCUGCAAGCAUCCCUGCAGCCACAAAGCAACCCGUCCCUGGCAAAAACUAGGCACACCUGCAGUGUGCAUGUGUGUGUGUGGGUGCACAUAUAUGUGUGUGUGUGGAUCUGUACACACACACAUAUAUAUGACCAGAUGCAUAUUUCAACAAGGAACUAUUCAUUGGCAUGAUCUUUGCAUUCCUCUUAUCAGGCAUUUUCAUUUGGAAAUUUUAUUAUUGAACUAGUAAGUUUUUUUUCAGAGAACUAGACUGCAAGAAUAUCUGGACAAUCCAUUUUCAUCCCUCAUCAUCCACUCCCACCCUUCGCUCCUGCCCUCUGCCCGGCCCUACUGAGAUUCCCAAGGAGAAGGCAGAGAGGGGAUGCUCCAGGCCCAGAGCGGGUACGAUCGGAGCAUUUGCACUGAGACCCCUGCCAGAGAGAAGAAAACCCUUUCAAUGGAAGUUCUUACCUAAAAGGAAAACACCAAAGUAUUGAUGAGAAGGAGCCCUUCAGUUAGUGAGAGGGGAGUUUUGUUUUCACCUUUCUUUGGUUUCUCCAAUUCCACGUCUAUCAUCCUGGCCACGCCCCCAACUUCAAGAGCACAAAGCACUCUUGGAGGUGCGGGUCCUGCCCAGAGUCUAGGGAGCAGCCCCCAGCUGAGCACAGGUCUGAGGGCCCAGGUGCAGGGCCAAGAGUUCGAAAGAAGCCAAUGGAGGGAGACGGGCCCUCAGAAGCCCAGAGGAGCUGGCGGUGGGAGAAUGAUGGCAGGGAUGCGGCCACAGUUCAGACCCUGUCCCCUUGGCACCCAGAUGGACUCCCACUGUUUGCUCUGGCAAAUGCUGAGGAGUGCUCAGUAGAUCACCUCAGUGUCUGCUGUUACACCAGAGGCACCACCACCAAAGCACUGUUUCCACCCUACUCUUCACGUCCAGAGGCCAAGCUUCAGCCAUGAAGGCAUGGAUUUGUGGCUGAGCACCAGGUCCUGAGGGGAGCCUAUCUUGGCAGAGUGGGCACCUGGUGGGCCAAGCCUCAGUUUCCCCCAAAUGAGCAAUCACUUGGGAGGGAAGUACAGAGAAGGCAGAGGGAGUAAAGAGGGGCCUGACUUUUGGCACCCUCCCGAGGAAGCCCGUAGGUCCACAUAGGCACACCACAGUGACGCCAUGGAGGUUGGGCCUGGGGCUCAGCCGCUGGGAGACAGCUGGAAGCUGAGGGACAGAGGUCGGAAUGGAAGCCACUGACGUGGACUGGCACAUUUGGAAGGCUUGUCUCACCUCCACCGUCCCCACUAUUACCAUUAAUGCCAUGUCACCCCUCAGCAGGAGUCAAAUCUUGGGCAAAAGAAUUUCAGUUAGAAAACAAAAUCCCACUUGAAAAUGCCAACGGCGGAUAACUCAAAGCCAUCCUUUUUUCCUAAAGGGCACACUGAGAAUGUCACCCAUUUGUAAACUGCUCCCUGAUGUCCUUGUUGAAACGAUAAUAAGAAAAAGGAUCUUUGUGUUCUUCAACGAGAAAUGAAAUUUGAGACGCUGAAAUUGCAGAAGAUACGGCGCGUGCUUCACAUUCUCUGUCGUAGACACACCGAUAGGACCAAUGGCAAACCCUCACUGCUGCUGUAGAAAGUUGUGAAUUUCGACUGUUUGGUCCUUAGGUCACCUUUGUGCUGGGGUGUGGAGUUCAGAAACAAGGCAUCGUGACCUGGAAUCCGUUGCUCAUUUCUGCAGUCUUCAGGCUGGGGCCCUGUCUCAUUGGCUUGGUCAACUGUGUUGAGUUCAUAGAUAUGUUUUACAUUUUUAUCUGCCUGUUAUAAAGAUGAACAAAAAAAAUCUCAGUGAGAAAGAUCACAGAUGCAUAAUAAUUUAAAGUCUGUAGUUGAAUUUCCUCAGUUAAAGAAUAGACCAAACUUUCUGUGUAUAUAUAAAAAAUGAAAGGCUCCUA